AGGGCUUUUAAAAUGCUUUAAUUUGAUUAAACAAACAGCUUUAAUACUCCAGUAACCGUCAGUAAAAGAUUUUAUCAGAGUUAAUUAUUUACCGCCAUCCGUGUAUUGACGCGUGCUGUCAUGAUUUAUUUUUAACCAGGAUCAGAUACCGGUAGAUAUCCAUGGUAUAUUCUUUCAGACACUGCUACGGCUCUCUGUGUCACUAUAUAAACAGUGUAUGAAAUAUAGGCUUCAGUAUUUAAAUCGAGGGAAUAUUUUUGAUAGAGAAUAUUAAUCAGAUGAAGAGCUCAUAUGGAACUUUGUUCAUUCACCGUGUUUAGUGGUCAAGGAUACCUUGGUUUCCUCAAUAUUCAUCUAAUACCAACUUUCAUUGUUGAGAUGAUGCAGGAAAUUAAAUGGCCACAAAUUGAAAUGUGAUUUUCAUUUAAUCUUCGAAAAUUAGAGAGAUGGAGAUUGGAAAAUUUAUUGCUGUACUCGUAAAGAAUGUUCCACGUCUAAGAUUGGCCAGGUUUUAGUUCUAGACAUAGGGAUCAACAUUUAGGUACAUGUACUAGUAUCCUGGAGUCAUAGGAAAACAGACCCGGCUUUGAUUGGACCAGACUGCAGCCAUGUCUGAUGACGAGGAGGACAUUUUUGAGGAGCUGAUUGAGAGGAAGCGCUAUAAGAUUGUCAAGUACAUCAACGCCCAGGUGUUCUUUGACAAACUCCGCGAGGUGAAGGUACUCUCAAUGGAUGACACGCAGGAAAUCUCUAGUAAGCCGACACGACGACAACAAGCAGGUUAUUUUCUUGACAUCUUACAAACAAAGGGAGACAAUGGAGUAAAAAAGUUCCUGGAGAUUUUAGAAUGGGAGUAUCCUCAUGUGUUCAAAGAUGUGACAAACAAGGAUGCUAGAGAACCACCCACAGAUUACUUGAAGCAUCGGGAGAGUGUAUACGCAGGCUGGCUGUACAAAUUACCAGAGCUAGCAGAGUCGCUGAAGAACGACUACGAACACAAAAAAGAUCUGAAUGAGAAGUUUCAGGAAAUGAAGGAAGUGAUGAAGAUAGUCCAGGAUAAUAACUUAGAGCUAGAGAGAGAAAACUUGGAGCUUCAAGAGAAGCAGAAAAUGUUACUACUCGAGAAAAACGAGCUAGAGACGCAGCUCGGACAUUGUUUUCGAGAAAAGCAAUUUGCUCAAGACAAGAGCGUGAACUUUUUAGAGAGUAUAGUCGAAUAUCAAAAGGAGAUUAGUAAUCUUAAAGAUUCUCUCCGUGAAGUGAGGCAUGAGCGAGACGCCUAUGUCAAACAAAUUGAAAACAUGAUGGACAACUUUUCUAAAAAUAAAGCUGAGAAUUCCGAGGCACGCAGGAAAUCCUACUCCAUGACCCAGCUGAACACUGAAAAGAUCUAUGACAGACAGAACAGUGCUCAGGAAUUUGAGAUCACAAUUCUUAAGGAGAAGUUAGAACAGGAGCAAGAAAAUUGUUCUGAGUUAAAUCAGCAGCUUGUACAUGUCAUGGAAGAGCUUGAUCACACUCAGGCUCAGCUCAGAAAGACGAAAUCGAACUGUGAUAAAUUAAUUAAAGAAGUUGAAACCAAAGAUAAAUGGCUUGAGGAAAAAAGGAAAAGAAUAGAUGAGUAUUUCAAAGUGAUAGAAAGACUGGAGGAAGAAAAGAAAAGGUUGGAAGAGGAACGGAACAGGGAACAAAAGAAAGUGAAAGAUGUGGAAGACAAGAGCAGAACAUACUUCACCAAAAUUUACCAGCUUGAAAACAUGCUCGAAGUUCUCAAGUCUGAGAAUGAGAAACUGAAGAUACAAUACAAUAGAAUCUCUUCAGGUUCCAGUAUAGCUGAGGAGGUGAUAGCAUCAGAUAAGUUCCCUGUCAUGCAUGAUGACCUUUACCCAGAUGAUGAACCUACGUAUAGAUCCCCCGAACAAAACUAUGCAUGGGACAUUUAUCAGAAAGUUUCGCGCUCUCCUCGGCGUGAUGACAGCAUGAAGCCUGAGGUUGGAGGGUCGUUCCGCCUGAAUGAUGUCGUAGAGCCUCAACCAUUUAACUACUCUAUAAUCCCUGUACACACUCUACUCAAAGAACAAGAAAAGCACUCCAAUCCUGACAUUUCUGAGCAGUUUGAGGGAGAGGGAACAACUACAGGGGCGUCAGCCUCGAACACUCUCAGCAGUGACACGUCAGAGGACACGGACACAGAGCUGAUGGGGUUCAACGUCAAUAUUCGUGAACUACCGCUCAAAUGGAGACCACCAAAAUCUACCCCUCCUAGUGCCCAGAUGGACAAACAAUGCACCUACAAAGUCAUUCUACCCGUCCUUGAUGAAAAACUCAAGAUCACAGGGGGGAAUUUCACAGGGAUAUUCAUCCUUGAAGUAAACAGAAAAUUGGAGAGUGGACUUUGUGUGGGGGACCAAGUUAUUUCUGUUCAGCUUCUGAAGAGCGACUAUUCCUGUGUAAGUAAGAAAGAAAUGCGGACGCUGACACUGAUGGAGGCCAGGGCUGCCUUCCUGUUCGAGAAUCAGAGGGAUAACGAGAAGGACUUGGAAAUCACCAUUAAAAGAACUGCCAUAGAAGAGUAUGAGAGUAUCAGGAAAUGGAUGGAAACAAAUAAGAGUACAGGGGACUACUUCUAUGUCAGGGCAGGAGCUGCAGUCAAGGAGAAGGUGCCAGACUGUCUCCCCAUAAAAAAGGGGGACAUCUUACGAGUGACCAAUACCUACUAUGUCAAAGGGGAUCGCAAGUACUGGAAGGUGUGUCCCUACGACAGGCAGAACGAAAAGUGGGGCAAAGAAGGCAUUAUUCCGUCAGAUAUUCGAAGACUUUUUUCAAAUGACAGAAGAGGGGCAUUCCGAGCUCGUAGUCUCUUUGUGAGGGUUCUACCCAUGAAAGCGAGUUCUAGGCUCCCUGUGUUAAUGUAUGGGCCGGAAAACAUCAUCAGCUCUGCCCAGAGCUUGAUAGUGGACGACUCCCCCGACUACCUGUGUUACAAUGUCGACAAGGGAAGAACGGUUGACAUUCUGAGGCACUGCAUAAAUACGGGCAAGCACUGUAUGAUGAAGGAAGGGCCUAGGAAGAUAGAAGUUUGCAUAGUCAUUGUCAUUCACACAGAUGGUGCUGCCCCUGAAGUUAUCAAAAGCAUAUUUGGAGUAGACAAGGCCACAGAAUACAAGUAUAAUAUAUCAGACGACAUUAUCUGUGAAACGAUCACAGUGGGUGAAAAUGGGGUCAACGACAAACAGAGCUUCCUGAGGGCUUUCUAUGAACAAGUGCAGAAAGGUCAGGAUCGUAUGUUUUGGUGUACUAGUUCGCAACUGGACGAGUCCAUUGUGACCCAGUUCCAGGACUACCUGGGUAGAGAGAGUGGGGAUCAAAGGGCGCAGUCCCAAGACAGCGGCAGUGAGGGGUCCCUGCUACGCUCUACCUCCAACCCCUGCUAAUGCACCUCAGACAACCUCAUGCCUCAUCCAAAGGGGCACCUGUCUAUAGAUGAAUAGUUUGUCAAAUUGGAUGCUUUAUUUCGCGACUGCUUGCGUUAUGUAUGUUGUGAGUACAGCUCAUAUAUUGCAUAUAUUUCCUCAGGUUCUUUAUAAACCUAUUUAUAAAUACUAAAUUAUAAGAAUUGGGAAAAUCAAAUUUUACAGUAAUGGAGUGCUUGUGGAGAUAUUAACGCAGUUGACAUAUGACAUCUGCUGUGAAUCUCAGCUCAACAAAGCUCAUGUGGGAGGGGGUAGGGGAACAACACGUUGUAGCGGGUUACUUCAUGUAAGCCUGCCCCACACUCAGCAGUGGGAUGGGUGUUCUUGGUUCGCUAGUUAUUUUUCAUUUUAAAUUUGAUGUUGUUGACUUGUUGGUAUUUAUUUUACCUCUGUUAGUUUUUAACUGAUAUUUUCUACUGGUGUUCAAAGAUUGUGUUUAAGAUUUGUUUUUAUUAAAAAAAUAUAUUUUUUAUAUGAAUUUUAUCUCAAAUGUGACUUACAAAAUUUGAUUUUGAAUUAUUUUCCUUGAACAUGAUUGAAUGUAAGGUGGAGUCAGAGGUCCUUCGCAUCUUUAUAAAUGUUCUGCAAACAAGCUCAAUCUAGUAACUUUAGUAAAGGUAUCAUAAUUGAACAUAUAUAUGAUUUGAAAGUGACAAAAAAAAAGCAAUGCAUAAGUUUUUGAAAAAAAGUUAUUUAGAAAAAUCCCUUCAGUUCUCAAUUCAAACUCAGGAUAUGUAGGUCAAAAGUUUGAGCCAAAUUUUACUGUGCUACACAGUCUGACAAUCGAUAGUGUCAAAUUAACAAUUUUCCGAUGCAUUGAAAUCUCCUUGUUAUGACAUACUCUCAUCAAAAGUAUAAGUCAGGGGAUGUGAAGGACCUUUUCACAUGCGUAUGUUUGCUAGAAGUCUGAUGAAAACUCAUUUGUAUUGUGUUCAUUUGGUGUAAAAAAAAAAGUGGAAAUAGUAUUAUUUGGUAAAUGCUACAAACAGAAAGAGAAAUAAUGUGUAUUGAGAAAAAGUGUUUGUGGUUUGUUUUUGCCCUCACAAGUUGAACUGAAUAUGACUUUUAUUAUUAGAUAUAACACGGUAAUUAUGUAGGGCAAAGCAUUUAAUGUAAUUGUAAGCUAAAUUUUUCUGAAUUGUUGUUAUCUUUUUUAUAGAUUUUUUUUCUAUAUUUAGCACAUUGCUUUUGUUAUUAUGUCCAGUAGUAUUACACGGCAGCAUUAGCUAUAUUACACGUAACAAUUUGUUAAAUGUUAAUUUUUUUUCUCUGUUUGUUUUUACUCCAUAAAGUUUAUUUUAUUUACCAAUGGUUUCUAAAAUCUGUUAAUUAGAUUAUCAAGGGGGUGAAUGAGGAUCGCAAAAUCUUCAAAGUGGUGGGAUAAAAAAGUAAAGGGAGAGCCCAUUACGUGUUUUGGAGUGUAUUUCUUGGGGAGUGGUAAUAAUGUGUCAGUGAAAUGGUUACUAAAAUAGUAUUCGAGAAUUUUGAUACUGAUGAAAUGUUUUGCUCAAAUUUUGCUUUUGCUUUAGUCUUAACUUUAGACUUUUGCAGUUUACAGCUGUAAUUGCUUCAUUAAAUUACUUCUUAUUCACUUGUGUGCCAGUAGGAAGCAUUUUUAUUUCAUUUCAUUUAUUUUUACACAAUUCAUGCUUAUAUGUAAUUAUAUACAUAUGGAGGUUUAUCUUUCUCAGUAUGGACAUUUUUUGAUAAAAUCUGAAAUUUAAAUUAUGCUCACUAUUUUAGCCCAUCGUGUGGACUAUAAAAAAUAUCAUUACCUAGUACUUAUAGUCUGUAAUUGUAAAGAAAGAAAGUUAUCUCUCUUUUCAGAGGUUCCAUGAACUUUACAUGUAAUAAUAAGUGAAGAAAGUAUCAGUAAUGAUAGCAGGGUUAGAAGACAAAUUGGAUGGCCCUUGACACGCCUAUAGCUUUAACUGCCACACACUUAUCUCCGACUUGUUUGUUUUAGUUGUUGUGUCUAGUCACUAGUCAUUGUUUCUUGUAUGUGGUAGACAACUAGACAAUGUUGUCUAGCACUAAACCUGUACUACUAGCCUACAGAUUUGUAUCACUUGUAGGUGUGUGUAUCACUUAAACUCAGCAAUGAUUCUUUAUGUUUUUGGACUUAAAGCUGUCUGUGAAAAAGUGUUCCAUCUGAAGAAGUUUAGCCCAUUUGUGACUGAAACUUCUUGUCAGGAUAUUAAGCUCAUCUGUAAUUGAGUAUUUUGUGAACUCUAAUUAUUGUGUUUUUUUAUUACUGUAACAUUGAAUUUUUCUCUGUGUAGUAAAUUAACUAAGAAAUCAUGGUGGGUCAGCCCUGUAUUGUGGGUAGAUAUGGUUGUCGUUGAUUCUGCCAGGGUUACAAAAUUUCAUACAUAAUAUUUUUUGGGGGGAAGGGGGGUGGAUGGGUUUCACAUCACAAAUCAAGAAACAUUUUGACUGGACAUAGCUAACCAAAGAUGUAUAUUAACAUUAUUUACUGCAAUCUUGAGAAGAUGACCAUGCCACACAUGGCUGUACAGAUCAUUGUUUAGUUGACCUUUGUUCUUUUUUCUGAACGCCUAUUCCUUUUCUAACAAAGCCACGUGAAUUCCAAGCUUGCAUUUUGGAUGCUAAAGUUUUGGGUUCUUGACCUUAACUCACGUUCACUUGUUUCAUACUACAUGUAUAUUUUGUAAAUUGUUAAAAUAGGUAUUUUUUUUUCACUCAAAGACUUUUAUUUUAAAGUAGGAUGUGUACAUGUAUAUAGAUUACCCACCAUAAGAUGCACUGCAUUUUGGGAUGGGGGGGGGGGGGUGCAAGUUUGUGAAUUAACACAAUUGGGAUACACAAUAGUUCAUGUCUUCCUUUCAUGUACUUUUUAAUUUCAUUAAUUAAUAUAUUUUUGUUAAUUUAGAGAAUGUGACAGAUGUGAUUUGUGAUUUAGUUUCAUGAUGUUGAAUAAAUAUGAU